AGUUUUGUGUUUACUUCUUUUCCCUGGGCAUUUUAAAACAAGUGUCUGACCCAUAGGAGUUAUCUUUUGGUGCGUUACAUGGUCAGGAUUUUCAAUACUUAAACAUAUUAGUAAAACACACACAAAACCUUCAGUAGAAAUACUGAUGCUAUUGAAAAGAUUAAAAUUCUUAUAAAGACUCUUCAAAAUAGCACUUCAGAAAACAAUUAUUGCCUUUUUAGCAGUGAUGGAAAGAUCUCUACAACAAGAAACUAGCAGAAGAUUCCUUAUUCCUUCCCCAGAAUUUAUUGCAACUGGAUAAACCCCUGUGAAUCUACCUGGAGAAUUUAGAUGAAGCUUUGUGACAACAGUUUAAUUUUCAGUGCUGUUGUGUUAUGAUUUCUUGCCUUGGAGAGGAGGUUGUAUGGGAGAUGCUUUAGAACUUGCCAGAAGAAGUGUUAGUGUUGAUAUCCUAGUGCUGGCUGAAAGAUUGCCUGGUCAGUGGUGUGUGCUGUCUCUGCCAGCUGAUUCACCCUUUCUCAGCAUGAUCCCUCUGUCUUAGGAGUCUUAGAAGUCUUGGCAAUUCCUACUUCUUUUUUCUGCUUCUCACUGUGGUUUGAUAAUUGAUUUCUUUAAAAUUAUUUAUUUUAUUUUGACCUGCCUGAAAGUGCUUUUUUUGGAUUUUUUUUGUCGGUGGACUAGUUGCAGUUAAUACAUUACAACAGGAAAUUGCUGCCUGUCUGCUUCAUACAGGAGUAUGAUGGGUGGGAAGGCAAAGCCUAAAGGGACCCUUAGUUGCUCUGGAGGGUGGCUGUGGUUUGGUGUUAGGAAUAGCUAAUGGCACUGGGAUGGUGGGGGGUGACUGCUUUAAAUGGGCCAGGGAGAGCGGAUCACUAAUGAUUUGUUUGUGUAUCCAAUCCACUGCUUAGUACCCAAGGUGGAAACUGUGUACACAUGGAGAAACUUUGCAAAGCUGCUUUGUGAUUAUUUUGUCUAUUAGUAAUGUUAUCACAACAAUACUGCAAGAACAACAACAGUGCUGUGAGCACGAACUGUUCGUUAGUUCCUUAAAUAUUUUGCAAUUAAGCCUUUCUGAGGUUUUCUGCUUUCUGUUAUUUCUAGCCCUUUUAAUACUCUAUAGACAUUAUUGGGAAGAUUUGCAUGCGUUUUAACAGCUAAUAGAUUCUGUGCUUUCACGUUGAACUUUAAAUGCAGUUUGAGAAAACUUUAUGUACUCACUCUAAACAAAGAUUUGUGGAAUGUAAAUAGCUUUGUAUUCAGAAGUACAUAGGUUUAGCAGAAUAAAUUUGUCAUAGGAAAUUUCCUAAUGUUAAAUGUUAGGAGGUAUCAUAAAAAUUGUUUUAUGUCUAACUAUCUCUAGAACAUUCAGGAUUUGGGGCAGGAAAUAAGAAAAAAAAAUAAUAAAUUGAAAAGAAAGAAUAGUAUCCCUGUCAGACUCAUGACUUUUAUUCCUCCAAAGAUCUUGGCAGGUUUGACCAGGUAAUAGGCAGAGAUACUUCAUGUUGGUGUGAUGAAAAAGUUGUUCAGGGCUUGCCUCUUAUUUGUAUGGAAGGUUAUUUCCUUGUUUGCAUUUGAAGCUGCCAGGGAACUUUCUGUUGUCUUCAUCUGCACAGAGGUGGCCCCUGUAGGCACCAGUAACACUGGUACUGCACCUGCUCCCCUCAGCAGUGUUGAAUAGCCUAAGAAAGGAUUCACUUAGUUGAGGAAAAGAAAGCCUCCUGAGUAUUUGUGGGUUUGUCUCUCCUGUUCUUCCUGGUAAUGAUUCAGUGCAUUUUACAAUGCUUAUGAUUGGUCAAAGCCUUGGGAACUUGGCAGGGAUCUUCCCUGAUGGGAAAUGAGAAGUUCGUGGUUGAGAAUAGAGGCUGUGCUUCUAAUAUAGUAUUUCAAAGGCCUUUUAGCUAGCUUGUCAGAAUGCAAUGAGUGUACCUGGUUAGCUUUUUUCUAUUUAGGUGCAACUACUCUUGCAUACUCCCUAAAAUCUACAGAUUUUGCAACGUAAGCCGUAUGUGCACUGCAGUUUUAAGUCUUCUGCUGAUCUGCUAUUUCCUGUGCUGUUCGUAGGUCCAAGGACAUAAGGAACACUUGUACGUUACAGAAUGGAUGAACAAUCACAAGGCAUGCAGGGGCCUACUGCUCCACCAUUUCAGCCACAGAAAGCCUUGCGACCUGACAUGGGCUAUAAUACACUUGCCAAUUUCCGAAUAGAGAAGAAGAUUGGCCGUGGGCAGUUCAGUGAAGUUUACAGAGCAACUUGCCUCUUGGAUGGGGUACCAGUGGCUCUGAAGAAGGUUCAGAUAUUUGAUUUGAUGGAUGCCAAGGCUCGUGCUGACUGCAUCAAAGAAAUAGAUCUUCUCAAGCAACUGAAUCAUCCAAAUGUAAUUAAAUAUUAUGCCUCGUUCAUUGAAGACAAUGAGCUGAACAUAGUGUUGGAAUUAGCAGAUGCUGGAGAUCUCUCUAGAAUGAUAAAGCAUUUUAAGAAACAGAAGAGGCUGAUUCCUGAAAGAACAGUUUGGAAGUACUUUGUUCAGCUUUGCAGUGCCUUGGAACAUAUGCAUUCUCGUCGUGUUAUGCAUAGAGAUAUAAAGCCAGCAAAUGUGUUCAUUACAGCUACAGGAGUAGUAAAACUUGGAGACCUUGGACUUGGUCGAUUUUUCAGCUCCAAAACAACAGCUGCACAUUCUUUAGUUGGUACACCUUAUUAUAUGUCUCCAGAGAGGAUACAUGAAAAUGGUUACAACUUCAAAUCUGACAUCUGGUCCCUAGGCUGUCUGCUGUAUGAGAUGGCUGCGCUGCAGAGUCCCUUUUAUGGUGAUAAAAUGAACUUGUACUCUCUGUGCAAGAAGAUAGAACAGUGUGACUACCCACCUCUCCCUUCAGAUCACUAUUCAGAGGAACUGCGACAAUUAGUUAAUAUGUGCAUCAACCCCGACCCGGAGAAGCGACCAGACAUCACCUACGUGUACGAUGUAGCGAAACGUAUGCACGCACACACCGCCAGCAGCUGAACUGAUGCCAGACCAGGAGGAAGAGAGCAGAGAUAACCAAGUAUUUUAAAUAACUCAUCCCACCCCUCUGUGUGUUACACAAAUGUAAUUAUUUGAAGCUUACCGUUGUGCUUUGAAUCGUAAACCAAUUUACAUACACAAGCUUUGUUGUUUUCUGUUUGUUUCUGGGGGGUUUCGUUUGUAUUUUUUACUAACUUGCAGUUGUACAACAGGUUUAAAUGUGUAAGGCGUAAUUUCAAGAUACCAAGAACCACUGUUUUCUAUGAUAUGUGGGUUCAAGUAUAUUUUCUGUAAUAACAAAACUGUAUUCAGUUGGGCCUCAGUUCUAAAACACAGUUGCACUUUUGCACAUGAUACAGAUAUUAGGCUUAUUAUCCAGAAGAAAAAUGUCUGAAUCUCUCACCUUUAUAGUAAUUUAUGGAAAGUAUGAAUCAGCACAGUUAACUUUAUUUUAAUCUUUGUUCUGAGAGGAACAUAGUUAUUAUAGAAGGUUAUUGUAUUUUAUGUUGAAUUGUAGUUUGCAGUUCUUGCUGUAAGAGUAGACAGGUGAUAGGAUUAGUUCUCCGCUUACCAAGUGCGAUGGAAAAGUAGUUUCAGGAAAAUUUGUCAUGCUGAAAUUUUUGUAACAGCCCUUUUUGUUUUGUUAUUCUGUCAUAAUACACAUAAAACACUUGUUGGAGGUUUUCUGGGAAAAUUUAAGGUUGUUGAUUCACGAAUCUGGUGGCUUUGAAUAGAUUUGUGCAGCACUGCCCUGGGGCAAUAGGAGUCUGCGUAGUUAAGUCUUAAAACCAUGCAGAUGCUUCUAGUAGCAAAGAGGGGUUCUUCUGAGGCUGUCAUUUGUGCAGGUCUGAUUAAAAGAUGUGAUCUUUAGGUUACAACUUCCCAACUGUUUGCGUAUAUGUCACUGUUUGUAGAUUUUUGUGUUUAAAAUAAUUUGAAUGACCUUACAAUGUAUUUAAAUUUUAAAGUGUUUGUUUUUUUUAAGUACAGAAAUCUUUUGGGAAAGAUAUAAUACUGUAGUAUAACAAAAUGUAUUCUACAUAAAUAUAUAAUUUUUGUAUACUGUAUCCUGAGAAUUAGUUUUAUAUUUAGCAAAAUUGAAUUUUAGCUUCUAUGUUUAAGAGAAAGUUACCAGUCCUUCAUUUGGGAAAUAAAUAUAUAUGCAAACUGUCUUACAAAUACUUUAUUAGUUAAAAAGGAAAUGCUGAAUAUUUUUGUUAGACCUUAGUGCCUUUUUGAGUGUGUUUAAAUAAUAUUUUUAUUGUUAAGGAAGGAAUGUGCCUUGUUUCUAAAUGUGGCAAAAAUGGAGAGUGGAAUGAAAUUUCUAGAGUUUCAUGACUGAACUUUUUAUACAGAACUGUCUAAGCGUAAUUCUUUUCAGUGAUAACAGCUAAGAAGCUGUUACAGUCGGUUAAAUCUUUUUCCUUAACGUGGGUAAAAAGAAGUUAGUUCAAAUAAAAGCAGCAGGAUGUACAUACAUGUAUAGGUUCUAGAUGCAGUCACUUCCCUGCAUGCUCAGAUUUUUUUUUUUUUGCUUGUUUGUUUCUCUGUGCAGCUUUAAUUUUUUGAUUUGAUAUAAUGCUCAAAGAAUAAAAAUCUGUCUGUGGAGUUUGUGGACGAAAUGUUCAGCCUAGGUCAGGAUUGUUUCCAGUUUUGUAUUUUUUAAAACUGCAAAUAGUAUGGAAAUUGUAUUUGGCAAAAUACAGGAGUUUUUAAAUAGUAUGUGCCAGAUCAUGAGCUUAUCUUGAUACAUAUUUUUUAAAUCUUUGUUUCCAGAUUUUGUAGGUUGAAUUCUAUGAAACCAUAGUUUUCCUUCUCACUUGUGUGUACUUAAUCUUGUAGGACUUGAGUGGAGAAGAGGUAUUUGAGAAACCUUGGUUUGUAUCUUAAAACCUCUAGAUUUGUUUUUGUUAUCUGAUUGUAUAAUUUUUAAAAUGAUGGUUAUAUUCUGUAACUAUAUUUCAUAUGUCAUAGAAUGAAAUGCUUUAUAUUGAAAAAGGCAGCACAAUAUUUGCUUGACUGCCAGGAUUAACUCUUAAUAUGCACAAGUACUCACACAAUCUUUUUUUUUUUUUUUCUGAAAUGGGCUAGAACAUUUAAAAAUCACUGAAAAAACCCCUCAGUGCAGUCAGGCUAUUUUUAUCUAAUCUUAUGCAUAGAGUAUUGAACUUUUCCUGAAAGAAACCGAUAAUAGAUCUCUCUCCCUCUGGAGGAUAUGUAGAGUAAAAAAAUGAUGAGUUAAGAGUUAGCAAAUGUGCAUGCUUAAGCAUUUAAUUUUUUUUAGGUUUGGGGGGGGUUUAGUAUUUAUGAUUAAAUCUUGUGUUGAGGAAAAAAAAUAGUUGUUCAUGAUUUAAAAUCUGUAAAACAAAUGGUACAGAUGACUCUGGUACCAAACUUUAUAAUUAAAAAACCCAUGUGGGUUAAUAGAACUGCUUACAUAAUUGGGACUGUAGAAUCUAUCCCUAAAGUAAAGCACCUGGUAACAUAUGAAAGUGAUAAGUCUGUUAUAGCACUCCCAUGUGUCCUACAUACUAAUAAAAUAUUUUCUUUCAUAAACGACCAUUCUCUUUUUCAUAUGUUGGUGAUGACAUAUGGCACUAUUUAUUUUAAGCUAUGUUAUUAUAUGUUUAUUUUCUUUAAAGAAAACAUAUUACAUUUCUACCCAAAAUGUCUGACUAGCUCCUCCUUUUAUUUCAGUAAUGCUCUGGUAUUAACUUGCUUCAGAAGUGAACUUUGUGCUUUGAAUGACAUUGCAUAAAAUCUCUUUUGUCUUGGAAACUCCUCUUCUGUGCAGUAGUCUAAUAGAAAUAAAACACACAGAUAUUAAAUACAAUAUAAAAAUUAUAGUAUUUCUAUGAUAUUUUUUCGGACUUUUCUUGUUAGAUAUAUAUAUAUAAUAUAUGUUACAGUAGAUGCUACCUUGUCUUGUGGACAACUUAACUGCUUCCAGUAGUUGAUUCUAGGUGAGAUUUCUUGACUGUAACAAAAGAUAGUACAAUAAAAAAAAAAACUUGUUUGUAUUAUUUGUCAAAAGUUUAUCUAACAAUACUAAAUCCAGUAUAUUGACAAUUAAUCCAAAGGAGUGUUUUUAUCUAAAAUUUAAAAAUAAAUUUAAAAUUAUUUUCAUACCAUGUGAAAAUAUAUAGGUUGGCUGGUUUCUAUGUAGUUUCAGUAGUUUUGAGUGAACCUCAUCUACACACAUGAAUAAAUAGCAAUCAGUAGUGUAUGUAGAAAUACUCACUUUUUAUGCUCUCUGUAUGUCACUGGUUUGGUAGCAGAGAAUAAUAUGGGGUUUUUUUCCCCUCUUCUGUUGCACUCUAAUGAUCCAGCUACCAGUUGUACAAGCAGGCAGUAGAAGUGUGUCGUCUUUUUGUAAUGAGCAGAAACUUUAAAAACAUGCCAGUAUACCAGAAGAUGAAAUGCAGUAUUAGAAGUGUCUGAGAAGGCUGGUGUUUUAUUCAUGCUCAUGAUUAAGAAAACCACAGACUGAAAUUCUUGACAGAGGCCUGGAAAAUGGAGAAGGACUUCUUAUGCCGGUGGUUCUCAGAUAGCUCUGAAUAGGACCCAAAAUCACAGUGAUGUUUGUUUUCAACAAUCUGUCUACUUAAUCUCUUAUCUUUGCUGUUAUACAGCGAGAUGAGAAUCUUAAUGGCUGAAUUUGAAUGCUGGUGGUGAAUGCUGCGUUGGGUAUUUUGAGUUUCUAGGAACAGGAGGUUGAUGUGAGGGAGAAUCAACAAAGGCCUUCAGGUCUGCUUUGUGAAGAGUUAGUUUAAUCUGGAAGUAAAGGUGCUGGAUAGCAGAUGCCAAAUGAUGUUUUCGAUACUUUUUGGUACUUCUUUAACAGUCAAAAUUUUUCCAAGCCAGCCAUAUCCCCACAUCAUCUAGACAGUGGCAGUACUGGUCUUCUUAAUUUAUGAUCUCUGGCUUGGUCUGGGUGAGUAACUAAACUUUUCUGGCAAGAUUACCCAAGGAGGGAAAGACAGGUGCUGACUGUGGAGUGCUACUUAUGUUUCUGAAGGUGACUUAAGUGCAGGUUAAGUUUGGUUACAAACUUGACUCCCUUCCCUGAACCCUUUUUCUGCAGUUCAUGCUUUUUAAAAAGUGUUUUCCUUUCAUAUUCACUUCUACAGUUCUACGACUCCUGUCUUCUGUUUCUUCUGCUUGAUUGGUCCUGUUGUCUGCUCUACCCUCUUCAUGAUUUUGAAGUCUUCUGUGUCUAGUUUUCCUAGUGGCCAUUACUUUGCUUCUUUCUUUGUAACUUUGCUAAACUCAACCCGUUUCUGUCUUCUUAAAAUUUAUCCCUCCCCAUGGGCAAGCCUUCCCCCCCAAUAAGUACUUUACUCCGCUGUUCUUCAUCCUGUUUUUCCAGCCCAAUGCCUGUGAUUUCUAGUUUCAGACAGAUUUUCUCACUGCCUCAAUCGUUCCCAUGACCUUGUCUUUACUAAAUACUGUUCCCUUUAUUAUCUCUCAUUUCUAAAUUCCCUUUCUCUGAUCACUACCUGCUCCCUUUCAGCUUAUCUGUCUUUCUCUCUCCUUUACCCUGUCACUCACUCCUUUUGGGAUCUCCAGUCUAUUAACCUUUUUGACUCCUUUAUCUUUUCAGCUGCCUCCUUCCUUCAUUGGUCUCGCUUCUUUUGACUCACUGGUCUUUAUUUUCAUCUCUAUCUGGUUCUCUAUACGUGGUAUCUUUGGUUGCUUCUCACAUUGCCUUGUCUCCCAUUCCUCCGUCCAGACAUUUUUUUCGUGUAAUUUCUUAAUUUCCAUUCCAGCUUUUUUGAAUAUCUCUGAAGAGUAUGUCAUUGUAACACAGCUUUGGACUCUACUUUGCCUUGCCUGCUUUAAUUCUCUUCCCAAAUGAACUUUUUAACCACUCUUAUCUCACCCUUUUUUUCUUGUUGAGCUUGCUUUGCAGAUUUUGCUGUUCAUUUUAGUUCUCCAUUCAUUCUUGAAAUGAAAUCUUCAAUCUUGAUUUUUUGCGUGACAAGAUCCUUUUCAAAGUUGUUCUUCAUUUUCAGGAUCUGUUUCUGAACUGAACUUCGCUGCCUCUCAACUGUACAAAUUUGCCCCUCUUAUUUCUGUAUAUUUUAUGCCUCUCGUUCUGUUCAUUGAAGGACUUUUUUCCUUCACUAGCAACCAAGUUUCUCUUUCCUCUGUCUUUAAGGGGGUAGCACCCGUCAUCCUGAGGUUUUUUUAUACUUUGUCCUUUUUUCCUCCUCUUAUUUCCUAAUUUCAUGUAUCUGAAGACCCUCUCACUAGUUUGUUUAUUACAUUACACUUUCAUUUGAAUGCCUCAAAAGUCCAGUGCUUCCCCCUCCCCUCCCCACCAGUCUGGUUCUCCGGUAGUUCUAUCUCCAGAUGAUUCCUUUAGUAUCCAGCCAGCCUCAGACCUGUUCAGAUUCAAAGAUGUAAUUUUUAUUUCUGACUCCCUCUGGACUAUUUUCCAACAUCCUUGACAAUUUUACUUGCCUAUUUUCCAAGGCCACAACCUUCCAUCUCUGACAUUUCUCCCAUGCCUGUGUAUCAAAUGUCUUAAAGUUAGAUGUAUCAGAUUCCAGCCCUCUUCACUAUGUUCUUUCUUAUCUUUUAUCUUCACUGAUUUAACCUCUGUGUCAUUUUGACUUCUUUUCUCCCUUCAAAGUAUCAAAAGUGACAGGAUUUAACUGUCAUUGGGCUUUCACUGUUUUGUGUACUGAAGAAGGAACUCCACCAAAUUACUACAUUUUUGUGUUUUAAAGAGACCUGAAUCCCACAAAUCUGGUCUUAUUUCUGAACUGUAGUCUGGAGUAGGCACUGUUUUUUCAAAUACUUCAGAAGUCUUUGAAUUUGGACCUUAAUUUAGUUUUCUGUCAUUUCAGAUGAAAACGUUUUUCCCUUAAUUGCUUUGUAUUUACUGUGUGUAACUUUGUCUUGUCUUGUUCCUGCAUGUCCAGCUAACAGUUUUUUUCUUAUUAUAGCAACUUCAUUUCAGUGCUUUUAGCUAUUGCUUGAAAUAAGAAUAUGCUUAAGAGCGUCACUGGCUGGAUCCAGAGCGUUAAGGCACAGUGCUCCUCUUUGUUCCUGUCCCACCUUAAUUCUGGCUUCUCUUCCUUGCUGUCCCCUGUGUCUGGCCUGGCUGCAGGGACACUGUUACACUGCAGGGUGGUGCAGCUGAAAACAAGGUGUAACUUGUGUUCUUGCAGCAAUAGUGCAAGUUGUUAUCAGCAGCAAAAUGUUUAUUCAUCUUCUAGGUCUAGAACGAAGCUCAGUGCUGAACAAGUUCUCUAUCCAUUUAAAAACAAAUUUAAAACCAAAUCAGACCUACCUCUGUGGUGGGGGCUGCAUGGUUUUUGGAGGAGGUGCAGUAUCUAAAUUCACAGUUUUAGCAGGCUUUCAGAGUUGGGGGAUUUUAUAUUUUCAGAGAUUCACUGUUGAUCAAAUUGUCUGACCUUUCACUGCUCAUAAUUAUCCUCAUGUAUGUGUUGAGAUUGAGAAACAGAAUUCUCUGUAAAACUAAGAAGUUCAGUGUUUUGGAACUGUGGGAUGUACAUAGAGCAGAAUGUCAGAUUUAGUUUGGUGUGUCUGGGUAUAUAUGCGCUUAUUGACUUUUUAUUUGCACCAGAAUAAUUCUUUUAGAGUGUCAGUUGCUUGUUGGCACUAAGAAUUUUUCUAGUAAUUUUCAGGUUUUAUAUUUACUUUUGUUGCCUGUUUGUAUCACAUCUACCAUUAGUUAAUUUGUUCUUCUGCAGCUGCCCUAGUGAUGAGUGGAGGCCUUACAUCUUUUGUCUAAUUUCAGUUUUCUAUCAUAUGGAAUUAAAAAUAAAUUAAGAAAUUA